UCGGCAGCGACGGAUAUCCCGCCGCUCUUCUCUCUUCAUGCGAAGAAUAAACAGUCACGGGGAGUAGAAACAUAUCGGCGAGUUCCCACGCGAAAGUCCCUCUGGAAACUCCGAUGGAUUAAUCAGAUUUUUCUGCGAAAGUAGAGAAUGGGCUGUGUCCAAUGUAAGGAUAAAGAAGCAGCUAAACUCACUGACGACCGGGAGGCCAGCGUCUCGCACAACUCGGGGCACCGCUAUGGGGCCGACCCCACGCCGCAGCACUACCCCAGCUUCGGGGUCACCACCAUCCCCAACUACAACAACUUCAACAGCGGCGCCACGCAGGGGGUGACCGUGUUCGGAGGAGUCCACACGUCCUCGCAGUCUGGGACGCUCCGGUCGCGGGGCGGAACAGGUGUGACUCUGUUUGUGGCCCUUUACGACUACGAAGCCAGGACUGAGGAUGACCUCAGCUUCAGAAAGGGGGAGCGCUUCCAGAUUCUCAACAGCACCGAGGGCGACUGGUGGGAGGCUCGUUCUCUCACGACAGGUGGAACUGGUUACAUUCCCAGCAAUUAUGUUGCUCCGGUGGACUCAAUCCAAGCCGAGGACUGGUAUUUUGGUAAAUUAGGCCGAAAGGAUGCAGAGAGGCAACUGCUCUCCAACGGCAAUGCCAGGGGCACUUUCCUCAUCCGUGAGAGCGAAACAACCAAAGGGGCCUACUCCCUCUCCAUCCAGGACUGGGACGAUGUCAAGGGAGACCACGUCAAACACUACAAGAUCCGCAAGCUGGACAGUGGAGGCUACUACAUCACCACCAGGGCCCAGUUUGAGACGCUCCAGCAGCUCGUGCAGCACUACUCUGCCAGGGCGGCGGGGCUGUGCUGCCGACUCAUCGUACCGUGUCACAAAGGCAUGCCUCGUCUGACCGACCUGUCCGUCAAAACCAAAGACGUGUGGGAGAUCCCGCGGGAGUCGCUGCAGCUCAUCAAGCGUCUCGGCAACGGCCAGUUCGGAGAGGUCUGGAUGGGCACGUGGAACGGCACCACCAAGGUGGCGGUGAAGACCCUGAAGCCCGGCACCAUGUCCCCGGAGUCCUUCCUGGAGGAGGCUCAGAUCAUGAAGAAGCUUCGACACGAUAAGCUGGUGCAGCUCUACGCCGUGGUGUCCGAAGAACCCAUCUACAUCGUCACGGAGUACAUGUGCAAAGGGAGUUUGCUCGACUUCCUGAAAGAUGGAGAAGGACGAAGCCUCAAACUGCCAAACCUCGUGGACAUGGCGGCUCAGGUGGCAGCAGGCAUGGCGUACAUCGAGAGGAUGAACUACAUCCACCGAGACCUGCGCUCGGCCAACAUCCUGGUGGGGGAGAGUCUGGUGUGCAAGAUCGCGGACUUCGGUCUGGCCCGGCUCAUCGAGGACAACGAGUACACGGCGAGACAAGGUGCAAAGUUUCCGAUUAAGUGGACCGCUCCCGAGGCCGCCCUCUACGGGAAAUUCACCAUCAAGUCUGACGUGUGGUCGUUCGGCAUCCUGCUGACGGAGCUGGUGACCAAGGGCAGAGUGCCCUAUCCAGGUAUGAACAACCGCGAGGUGCUGGAGCAGGUGGAGCGAGGCUACCGGAUGCCGUGCCCGCAGGACUGCCCCUCGUCCCUGCACGAGCUGAUGGUGCAGUGCUGGAAGAAAGACCCGGAGGAGAGGCCCACCUUUGAGUACCUGCAGGCCUUUUUGGAGGACUACUUCACUGCCACUGAGCCUCAGUACCAGCCGGGGGAUAAUCUCUGAGCACCGCUGCGCUCAUCUCAUGUCAUUUCACCGGCUUCCCACCAGAGGGAGCCACCUCCACCUAACCUCUUUCAUCCCGUGGCUGUAACAAUUCAAAGCUCAUUGACUGACUUCCAAACUUCCAAGCGUCUUACAAACUGGGACAGCUGCUGUUUUGACGGCAUUCCGACUAUCAAAUCAAACAAUGUUUUGGAGGCGGGAGCGAGCGCCGAGACGAGGAGUUAAAGAGGACUGCCAUGGAUGAACGAGUCGUGUCGUGUAACUUGUAUGUAGUGUAAAUACAAUUGCUUGUCUACUUAUCUCUCUUUUUUUGUUCCAUUUUCUAUUACUUUUGAUAUUUUGGAAAUGUGUGUUUGUUUGUUUCUAAUUCCACGGUCAAAGUUAUUUUCGAUUUUACGACUCGUAGAAGAAAAAAAACGUGAGGCUCGCAAAUAAUCGUGGCAUAAUAAUUGUAGGAAUGGAAAUAGUUAAAUACAUCGGGAACCGAAGCGUCUCAGAAAUAUUUCUCGGAGUCCACAAACCUUUUUUACAAGGUUUCUCUCCUCUUCUCAAGGAACUUCGAUGUACUAUAACACCUGUUCUUGCCUUUUAAUGUUUAUUAAUAUUCUUAUAAUGUAAGGGAAUGCCUUCAUGCUUUCUACACACUAACUUAGUGCAUCAUGGACUCUUCCACCCAAACUUGUAUGGCAUCGGCACGAAUAUUAAGUGCAUUCAUCCCAUUUCAGCUUCUGCUAAUGAGUUCUAGAUCGGCUUAAAGUGACUUUUAGUUCAGCGUCUUGUAGUUGAAAAGGAGGCUUUCUUCCUCUUCAAGUGCGACUAUUGUUCGGCUGAUUGCUUAUUAUACUGGCAAUAUUUUUAAAUGUACGUUGCAUUAUCAUAUGGCAGCCGACUGUAAGAAUUGUGUGUCUUUUCGCUUCAGCAGCCAAACAACAAACCAACUGCCACUCGACGGGAAUGAAGGAAGUGAUCUGUGUUUGUCCCUCCACGAUGUCUGGAAAUAACAUGUUUACGAGACCAAACGUAUUAUUUUGCUGAACAUUUCUGCCAAUCCUAUGUGUCAUUAAGAUUUAUUUUCCCCCCCAGAGAAAUCUGCAGCUCUGGAUGGCAUUGCAUCAUCCUCAAGUGUCAAACUUCUCCCUGUGUGCAUUCCUGGACAAUACGCCGUUUCUAUGCAUAUUUAAGUUGCUUUUUACUGCUGGAGAAGUGAGCAGAAGAAUUGUUUUUGUAUCACUUUGUUUAGUAGAUGUACAGAACAUGAUUUUGGUCUCUACAUUAUUUAUUGUCUCUGUCUGUUACUUGUACACAUUUGGUUUGGUUUUGAAAUAAACAAUCUUGCCCCCAC